GUGAAUCACACUCUGGAAUAUUCAACUCUAUCUCUCUAACAACAGCAACAACGACUAAUACACAAAACCCUUCUCAUCAAAGAUUCGUUUUAGUUACGCGACGCCUCGACUUCGAUAUUUCUUUCUAAACCCUACGAUAUAAAUAACAAAUUUUGCCAAAGUUUAUUCUUAUUAUUCCUUUUUUCGAUUCUACUUGGAUCCCUUAUUCCCCUGUUAUCUGUUCUCUCUUUGUUCGGAUAUCUCUAUGCUUUUUCCCCAGCCUAAAACAAGCACUAGGCCUUCUUGUAAUCAUCAUUAACAGCUCUAUUUUCUUCAUAUUUCAUAAGGAUGAACCCAGAGCUUGAUUAGUGUAUAUUUACCUCUCCGAAGGCAUGGAUUAUAAUGAAAAGACGCGGAGGUAUCAUGAGUAUGUGGAAGCUUUGGAGGAAGAAAAACGCAAGAUUCAGGUCUUUCAGCGUGAACUUCCUUUGUGUUUAGAGCUUGUUACACAAGCUAUUGAGAUGUGCAGGAGGGAGUUAUCUGGUACAACGACGGAGUAUAACAUCCACGGGCAAUCAGAGUGUUCGGAGCAGACAUCAAGUGAUGCUCCUGUUUUGGAGGAAUUUAUUCCGCUGAAAAGAAUUUCAUCGGAAGAUGAUAAUGAUGAACAACAUUCACAUGGGCCUGUGGAUAACGAUAACACCUUUAUUGAUAAGAAAAAGUCUGACUGGCUCAGAUCUGUCCAGUUGUGGAAUCAAUCCCCAGAUUCACCAUCGAAAGAGGAUGUUCCUAGAAAAGAAAUGGCGGUGGAGGUGAAAAGAAAGGGUGGGGCGUUUCAGCCAUUCCACAGAGAGCAAAGUGAAGGAAAGGCUGAUAAAAAAGCUAACCCUUCCGUGCCAACUGCUGCCACUUGUUCAACAACAGAGCCAUUGAGUAAAAGAAGUGGCGGUGGUGGUGGUGUCAGCAAUAAAAGAGACGCUAAAGAAGGGCAGACGCAAAGAAAGCAAAGGCGGCGUUGGUCACCGGAAUUACAUAGACGCUUCUUGCAAGCCCUUCAACAACUCGGUGGUUCACAUGCUGCUACGCCCAAGCAAAUUAGGGAGUUAUUGAAGGUUGAUGGGCUUACCAAUGAUGAAGUCAAGAGCCAUUUACAGAAAUAUCGGUUGCACACGAGGAGACCAACUCCAAAAACCCACAAUAAUGCCAACCCACAAACGCCCCAAUUUGUGGUAGUUGGAGGCAUGUGGGUGCCGUCCCCUGGAUAUGCAGCUAUGGCUGCAAAAGCAUCAUCUGGUGAAAUCGUCACUGUGGCCGCCGGCACCAACGACAUUUACACACCAGUAGCCGCACCACCUCCUGCAGUUUUUAAAUCAUCAGCAGCAGCAUCAGUAAUUCAGAGAUCACAACAGACGCAAUCUGAGCAGUUGCAACCCGAAGAAAGGGGCAGCCAUCGCGAAGGAGGCCGGCCUUCUGACUCACCAUCCACGUGUUCUUCUACACAUACGACCACAUCUUGCCCUUGCGCUCCACAGAGUGGAAAUAUGUACAAUUUUGUGACAAAUUAAGCCUGUAGAAAGUUCCGUAUGAUAUAUACGUACUUAUCGUUUUGAGAUCUUUUCUUUGAGCUUGGUGGAUACGUUAAACAGUGACAGUCAACCUUCUUGAAUAAUUAUCUUUGUGUUCACCACCAA